AUCCCUAAACUACAGAGAGCUUAAACACUUGCUAUCAGUGCGUGAUUCUCUUCCGUGGUUUCCACCGUUGAAAUUCUUCGAUUGUUCAUUCAUUUUGAUGUAAUCAAAAUGGUGAUUAUUACAACACUUUUCCCUCGAAAUUCCUUGGUAUUUCUUCUCAUAAUAUCAUCCCUCUUGUUCUCUUCCUCACCACUCCUUGCUAAGUCUCCUUACCCAAUCUCUGAUGCUGAAGUCAGGCAGAAGAAGCUUCAGUGUUAUGCUGAUAUUGAUAGUGGGAUGUGGGGUUGGCAAUGCAAAUCAUCAAUGAUAGCAAGGGAGAAUUGUGCUCUGCGAUGCCUUUCGCCGGCUUGUUAUGAGCUCAUCUACGAAAGUGACCCGCUUGAAGAGGGAGAGAAAGAUCUUAUUCGGAGCCAAGAGUUUAAAUACUGUAUGCAUAAGUUGUCCUUGGGAGAGAGCCUUGAGGGUGUUAAGGGUGCCUUUGCUCACUAAUCAAUGCAAAAAUUCUGAAUUGAAGACAAGAGCUAGGGCGAAUUUAUAUAUGAAAAUGACUUCAUAUCAUGUUCGUUCCCAAGCCCUUUCCAUAUGCCCUGAUAAAUUUAGAUAAAAAACUAAACGAAUUAACUAGCAUCUAACAUAUUUUUUCUUUUGAGUAAUUAAUUAUAGUAAACUAAACUCAAAUAUAUGUUCUUAGAAAUCCAGUAUAAACUAGCACCAAACAAUUAGUGGUGUAGUCAAGGAAGCACAGUCACUUAUAAAAACAGGGAGAGUCGUGUCUGACACGUUCCGAUACAGCGACAUGCUCCGACACACGGUCAACUUUUUCCGACACGUUGACCAUUCUGACACGCGAAUUUGACCGUGUCCGAUACGGUCAAAUGGCAUUUUCGUAAUUUUUUUUUAAAUUUUUUUUAAAUUUUUAAAAAAAAAAAAAAAUUAAAAUAUAUUAAUUAAGCUUCCACCUGAUCAUAUCAAUUUUAUUUUUUUGUCUUUUUUCCCCUUAAGUAGAUAAGAGAUCAUCUCAGCAUCAUUGUUGUUAAUUCCUAUCACGCUCUUGUUGUAUCUCUUUCUCUAAUAUGAUUUGAUCUCUCUAUCUGAUAUUAUAUCUCUUUCUCAUCCCAGUUCUUAUUUUUUUUAUUAAAGCUUCCAUCUUUAUAACGUGUUGAUGGGUAUUAUUAAUUUAGUUUCAUUUUUUUGUUAAAUUAUUUAAUAUUAAUUGAAAUAUACACUAUAUGAAUUAAAAAUAUUAUUUAAUAUUAAAACGUGUCCCAACGUGUCGAAAUUCAUAAUUUUUUAGGAUUGACGUGUCGUCGUGUCGUGUCGCGUGUCGUAUCGGUGCUACAUAGGGUGUAGCCACGUUAUACUUAGGUAGGGCUUGGGCCCCAGUUACAUUUCAACAAAUUUUAUUUAUUAUAUAUAAUUAUAUAAGUAAUUAUAAUUGGACCCUAGCGAAAAUUGUAAGUUGGUCAUAGCUAAAAUUGUAACAAUGAUAACAAACGAAGAUUUGGAGCUGCUUUGCGUGUAUGACCAUAUAACAGAUUGUUUUCCUUUUAAUUUCUUCUUCUUCUUCUUUCAUCUUUUUCUAAUUAGGGUUUUUUUUUUCUUAUUCGCACUCACCACCGACAAGGUACGAUGUUUUGUUCCUUUCUCAAGAUUUUACGGAUACAUGUUUUAGGAAUAUGCAUUGGUAAUUAUAUUGUCUGCUGGAGGAAAAAAUUGAUUUACAAUUUUGAACCUUGUAAAAGAGAAAUUCUUUGUCUUUGCUGACCAUAAUUGUU